CUCGGUCAACGACAGUUGCCUUAGCCUUAGCCAACUAUCGUAAUCCGAUCUAUCCGCCUUGCAGCAGCACUUCUCAUUUAUGUUGUAGGUUGUAGUAGUAGUACUACGCGCCGUAGCUUCUGAUACAGACGUACCGAGCGUAGUGGCUGACGUGUUUACAUUCAUACAUACAGUCGAGUCGAGAUUACAGACGCAUACGCGUGUAUGUUGUGAGCGCUUUCGGUGUUUUUCAUAGACGCAAUUUAGCCGAAGAAAACUUGAUCUUCCCUUAUUUUUUUCUCGUGUGUUUUGAGUGUGGAUUUUUACUGUGAAAAUGAGGGUCGAUGAUACGGAAAUGUCAUCGCAUCAGAUGCAGGACGCGAUGUCUAUGGCCAGGCAUCCGCGCAAGCAGAGCAACCCUAUGCCCAGUUUAUCGCCAGAUACACCAUGGAAUUAUACCAAUUCUGUUGUGAAACAGGAACCGAUGGACGAUACCAGAAACGAUUCCGGGGUCACGUCUGAAAGCGACUGCCCAUCAGCUUCACCCGAAAGUGACAGAAGUGGUAACCACAGAUUCCAUACACCACCACCACAGGAUGGAGACUGCAGGACCGACGCUAGCCAUAACCAUUUCACCGGCUCGCAAGUUCCGUUCGGACAAUACGCAUAUUACAAUGGUAAUUUAUCCAUGCCAUCAACUUCAGGAGGUGGCGAUUCAUCAAUGAGCAACAUGGAUAUUUCGAGUCAAAACGUCGACAAUUCUAGUGAUAAUGAUCUAACUGAUAUUAACAAGCCCAAAUUCAAUUCACAUGGAAAAGUCAAACAGCACAAGUGCAAGCACUGUAAAUAUGUCGCUAUUACCAAACUGGACUAUUGGGAACAUUCAAAAAUCCACAUUAAAGGAGAUAAAAUGUUAAAGUGUCCAAAGUGUCCGUUUGUCACAGAAUUUAAACACCACCUAGAGUACCACAUUAUGAAUCAUAACGGAACCAAGCCUUACAAAUGUGAUUCUUGUAACUAUACCUGUGUAAAUAACUCUAUGCUACGAUCGCACCAGAAAUCGCAUUCAAAAGUUUACCAGUACCGUUGUUCUGAUUGUGUUUACGAGACCAAAUACGUCCAUUCGUUAAAGUUGCAUUUAAGAAAAUACAAUCAUCAGCCUGCGAUAGUACUCAACCCGGACGGUACGCCAAAUCCCGAACCAGUUAUCGACGUCUACGGUACCAGGCGGGGUCCUAAAUCGAAGAGACCCUCAAUUCCAUCCUCAAGUCCGCCGCUACAACAGGCACCAUCUCCCAAAAUCGAGCAUCAGCAUUUAUCAUCAUUACCAUUCAAUCCGCUUCUGCUGAAUCAACCUGGAAUGGUACCGUUUCCUUUGCCACUGUUGCCCGCUUUCCCAGCCGCCUUACCCAAUCCAGAACUGCUCCAAAAUCUCCAGUUCAUUAGAGAACAUUUCGAGCAGUUGACUAAACAACAAAAUCAGAUGAAAUCUGAAAACGAAGAGGGUGUUCUGGAUUUGAGUCAACCACCAAGCAGAUCUUCGGAAGUUGAGUGCGAAGAUGAGGAAUCGAUGAGUACCGCGUUUGCUAACGUCGAAGUUGUCGAUGAUAGUCAACAUGAUUCUACUAUUAUCAACGGACCAGAAACGUCUAAUAAGGAUCAGAACGAAAACAGCGGGCAAAGCGCUGAAACUCAAAGGUAUGGAUUCCACUGUCAUGACUGUAAGAUCGGAUUUAGCGAGGAGGUAAUGUUUCGAAUUCACAUGGGUUAUCACGGUUUCCGCAACCCGUUCACUUGUAAUAUGUGCGGCGAAGAAAAUGGAAAUAGUGUUAAUUUCUUCCUGCACAUUGCUAGACCUUCACAUAUUUUUAUUGUGAAAAUGGGAGUCAAUAAUACCGAAAGGUCAUCGUUUCACAUGCAGAACAGGAAGUCCAUGGACAGGCAUCGGCGAAAGCAGAGCAACCCUAUGCCCAGUUUAGCCCCAGAUACGCUAUUGAAUGAUACCAAUACUGUUGUAAAACAGGAACCAAUUGAUAGUACCAGAAAUUAUUCGGGGUUCACAUCUGAAAGCGACUGGCCAUCAGCUUCGCUCGAAAGUGCGGGAAGUGGUGACCAGAGGUUCCAUACACCACCACCACAAGAUGGACAUUACGGGCCAUACGCAUAUCACAAUAAUAAUUUAUCCAUGCCAUCAACUUCCGCAGCCGAUAGCGAAUCAUCAAUGAACAACAUGGAUCUGUCGAGUCAACACCUCGAAAAUUGUAGUAAUAAUGACCAAGCAGACAUUAACCAACCCAAAUUCAAUUCAAAGGGAAAAGUCAAGAAGCACAAGUGCAAACACUGUCCAUAUGUUGCUAUUACCAAAGGGGGCUACUGGGAACAUUUAAGAAUCCACAUUGAAAAAGAAAAAUUGUUAACGUGUUCGAUGUGCCCAUUUGUCACUAAAUAUAAACACCAUAUGGAUUAUCACAUUAACCAUCAUAAGGGAAUCAAGCCUCACCAUUGUGAUUCUUGCAACUAUAGCAGUUUAACACUAUCUAUGUUACAAUCGCACAAGAAAACACACUGGGAAAUUUACCCGUACCGAUGUGCAGAUUGUCCUUACUGUACCAAACACCUUCAUAUAUUCAAGAUGCAUUUACGAAAAAGAGGGCAUCAGCCUGGGGUGGUACUCAAGCCUGACGGUAGGCCUAAUCCAGAAUCAUUCAUCGACGUCUACGGAAACAAACGCGGUCCUAGAUCGCAGAGACCCUCACUCCCAUCCACGAUUUCGGUUUUACCAAAAUCACCAUCGCCCAAAUCCGAGCAUCCGUAUGUAUCAUCUUUACCAUGCAAUCCGGUUCUGCUAAAUCAACCUAGAAUGGUACCGCUUCCUUUGCCACUGUUGCCCGCUUUUCCAGUCGCCUUACCCAAUCCAGAAUUGCUCCAACAACUCCAGUUCAUUAAAGAAAAUUUCGAGCAAUGGGCUAAACAACAAAAUCAGAUGAAAUCUGAAAACGAAGAAGGUGUUCUGGAUUUGAGUCAACCACCCAGCAAAUGUUCAGAAGUUGACUGCGAAGAAGCGGAAUCAAUGAAUACCGCGUUUCCUAAUGUCGAAGUUGUACAUGAUAGUCAACAUGAUUCUACUGUUUUGAACUCAUCAGAAACGUCUAAUAGAAAUCACAACGAAAACAAUGUUCAAGGCGCUGAAAAUGCUGGACAAUAUGGGUUCCACUGUUAUGACUGUAACAUCGGAUUUAGCGAGGAGGUAAUGUUUAGAAUUCACAUGAGUUAUCACGGUUUCGGCAACCCGUUCACUUGUAAAAUGUGCGGCGAAGAAUGUGAAAAUAGCAUUAAUUUCUUCUUGCACGUUGCUAGAUCUUCACAUUAGAUCAAAUUAAACCUGUAGACUGUCGAAUUGAAUUAUUUUGCAUAUUUUAAAUAUUAGACGGCGGAUACAUUGGGUCCGAAUUCAUGACUUCAUCAGAUUACAAAAUAUUGAAGUAGUGAUGACGAAUGAUAUUCAACAUCGUUACUUCGUAUUCUCUAAAUCUGAUUGUCAUUCUUGAAUAUUCAUAUUUUUUUAUCUUUUCCCAAGUAAUCUUUUAGAAUAUUGUAGAUAAAAAAUAGUUUCAAACAUUUUCUUCUAUUUUUUUCCAAUAAAAGACAUUACAGCAAUGAGAAUAUAUAAUUAAGUAACUGCUUUUAUUUUUGAGCUUUAUAUGAACCUCUAUUACGAAUAGUAAACGAACAUAACCUACAGUGUUCAUAAGAAUUACUAAAGACAAAUUUGCAAACGAAUUCUGAUCUAAUGUAUCAUCAGCCUUAUUAUCCUAUGAAUAAGUGAAUCUAUAGUUGAAAUUGUUCAGAAUUGUGGCAUUAAGUUUCAUGAAUUCAUCUAAGUUAUACAUCUAUUGUACGCAGAUUUAAUAUUUAAAACGUCAUAGAUCAACUAUACCUACUUCUAUUUCAAACAACAGUAUAGAUCAACUCCUAUUUCUAUACUGUCAUAUUUAUUUUAUUUUUAUUAAUAAAAAACUAGUCUGAUAAAUGAAUGAAAAGGCCGUAUAAUUAUCAAAUUAAAAAAAUCUAAAAAAUUACUAUAUUAGGAUACGAGAAUCUCACUUCUCGGCUUGAAACAAACAAUUUUAAGCUGUAUCCUUUAAUAUCAUUUUGUCUAGAACUGUCAAUUUUUAGAAAACAUAUGUUAUUUCUGCCGUCUGUGAUAAUAAUCGUUAUUUCAGUAAAAACAUUUAUUUAAUCAACGCUGGCUUGAGCGUAAAUAUUACAGAAUACAAAAAAACGGAAACGAUUUUGAAAUUUUCCAAUUACAUAAUUGGAAAUUAUUGUGGCAGUAGCUUUUGAAGCUGUCGCUGUUUUCAGAAUAAACGGAAGCAAAAUACUGAAUGAGAUUUUGUUGCUUAUAAGGGUGGUUCAAAAAACACGUAC